AUGAUCCAAUAGAUCCAUUUGAACCAUAACUCAAUUUUAUGCCGAACUCUUUAGCAAUAUGCUUAACAAAUUAUUGUCCAGCAUUAUGUCUCGUAUUUUCAUAAAUUUUCCCAGGAUUACCCAAUCCAACAAUUAAAUGAGUCCCAUUCGGUACCCUUUAGACAGAGAAGGCAUAUCGAAUUUUAAGUAGGAGAUANUAUAAUAUUAAUAGCCUACAUAAGCUAAAAUUUUACAUACGCCUGAAGAUAUAAAAUUACCUUAACUCCAACCUUAACAAUAAGAUAAAUAAUAAUAACCAUAGUAAUCCCUUAAAAAAUAUUAAGCAUUACCAGCAAUAUAUCCUAAUCCAACUUAUUUAAAAAUAUCUUAAAAUUGCAUCUUGAUCUAUAAUAAAGUAUUUCAGAAAUAAGUAGGCAGCUUAAAUUAAAAUAAGGACCCUUGCAAACACUUAAAGUGCCAAACUCUAGCAUAUUUAGAUGCAAGCGGGAAUGUGAUUUGUCAGUCUAAGUGUUAAUGGUUUCAUAUUACUGAAGCUAUGUUUGAUAACUCAAAUUAUGUAUUUUAGCGAGGUGAAUGCAAUGGACAAUUUAAUUAAUUAAGAAGCACAAUUUUGAUGGCGAAGUUCGUGAAUGAUUCUUUAGAAAUGGCUAAUAUGAAUGACUAACAAAAAGAGUAGUUUGCCUUAUAAUUUUAACAAGUAUUUGUUAGAUUAUUCCAAUUUAAUGAUAAUAAAGCUUGA